AUGAUGGUCAAUCUCUCGGGUUGGAGCUGUCAAGCUCCGGGAUACCUCCCAUGGGACCGAGGCGCAUUCAGUUCUCUUCGUGCACACCGCAUUCCUUCGCGUUCUGUCUUCUUUGAGAUUGUUGCCGAGCAGACUGCGACUGCGACGGUGGGAAGCGACAUCAUCAUGGCCACUGUUACAGAGUACAACAAAACCGGCUCCCUUCGGACCGAGCAAGAGAAGCUUACAGAUUCCAGGGCACCUGCUGAUACCAUCAACCCCGAAUCCGCGAGCUCUGACAUGGAGGUUACACAAAAACGGAAAGCGUCUAUAGACUCCCUUGAUGGAGCGGAAGAAUCAUCAAAAAGGGCAAAAUUCGAUGAUGGCGAUCACGGCGACCCACCUGCACAGGAUUCGACACGGGACUCGAGGCCGCGCGACGAAGAUUCCCGAGCCAGUACCGCUCGACGGGCGCCUUUAUCAAGGGAUGAAGAGAAGAAGCGGGGUAAGCGGCUGUUUGGAGGUCUUCUGAGCACCCUCAGCCAGACCAACUCCAGCUCGCAGCACAAGAAGAGGAGGGAGAUUGAGCAGCGACAGCAGGAGAAGGCGCAGAAGCAGAGGGCAGAAGACGAAAAGAGACGGACAGAGAAGCUCGCGCGGAUCACCGAGGCGCGGUGGAAGGAGCAAAUCUUGUUUGACGAGAAAGUCAUGAAAACCCGACAUGUCAACAUGCUUGCAAAGGCACAAUCCCUCCGGACGAGAGCAGGACCGUCAAUUUACUAUCGACCGUGGAAGCUUACCAAAGAACAAGAAGACGAGGUUGACGACCAGGUGCAAGACGCUAAGAAUACCAUCGCGAGAGAACUCGAAGCGUUCAAAGAUCGGAAAGAAGAACACGAGAGACGCCACGGCCGUGCCAGGCCGCCGGCCACGGCCCAGGAGGAGCCUGUGCCCAUGGUCACAGAAGAUCAACCAGCAGAGGCUCCGCCAGAGGUUUCUGCUGAUGCUCCCGCAGCUACCGACCACACAGCUGCGUCUUCCGACAGAGACAGACAUGAGCGGGACACACAUGACGAACCUGGUGAUGUCGUUGAAAACGACGAGGAUAUGGUUAUCUACUAA